CGUGGGGAUCCCGUGGCGGUCGGGCUCGCGCGGCGCCCUCGCUCCCCCUCCCCUCGGCCCUAGGGCCGCGCGGCCCGCGCCGCUCCGAGAAGAUGGCGCUGCGCUUCCAGAAUUUGGCCGAAUUGGAAGCAUUGUGUACUCAUCUCUACGUAGGGACUGAUCUCACAGAAAGAAUAGAGGCUGAAAAAGCACUCUUGGAACUGAUUGACAGCCCAGAAUGUCUCAGCAAGUGUCAACUUUUAUUAGAACAAGGAACAACAUCCUAUGCUCAGCUCCUUGCAGCAACAUGUCUUUCAAAACUUGUUACCCGAAUCAAUCCUUUACCUGUAGAACAGAGGAUAGACAUCAGAAACUACAUUCUGAAUUAUGUGGCAUCGCAACCUAAGCUGGCUCCCUUUGUCAUUCAAGCUCUUAUUCAAGUCAUUGCUAAAAUCACUAAGCUGGGGUGGUUUGAAGUUCAGAAAGACGAGUUUGUUUUCAGAGACAUAAUUGCUGAUGUGAAGAGAUUCCUUCAGGGUACUGUGGAACACUGCAUAAUAGGAGUGAUAAUCCUUUCUGAAUUGACUCAGGAGAUGAACCUGGUUGAUUAUUCCAGACCUUCAGCAAAACAUAGGAAAGUAGCUACCUCAUUCCGUGAUACUUCACUAAAAGACAUCCUAGUGUUGGCAUGUUCACUCCUGAAGCAGGUGUUGGCCAAACCUUUAAAUCUUCAGGAUCAAGAUCAACAGAAUCUGGUGAUGCAAGUCUUAAAACUGGUUCUCAACUGCCUGAGUUUUGACUUCAUUGGAAGUUCAGCAGACGAAUCCGCAGAUGAUCUUUGCACAGUGCAGAUUCCGACAACUUGGAGAACAAUUAUCCUGGAACCAGAAACACUGGAUCUUUUCUUCAAUUUGUAUCACUCGCUCCCACCACUACUGUCUCAGUUAGCACUUUCAUGCUUAGUUCAGUUUGCUUCUACAAGAAGAUCCUUAUUCAGCAGUCCUGAACGCGCCAGAUACCUUGGUAACUUAAUUAGAGGAGUAAAAGGGAUACUUGAAAACCCGCAGCAUUGGGAGUUUGCCCCCAACAGUGUUCAUUACUUACUAACUCUGUGGCAGAGAAUGGUAGCAUCGGUUCCUUUUGUGAAAUCAGCUGAACCCCACUUGCUAGACACUUAUGCACCUGAAAUCACCAAGGCUUUUAUCACUUCCCGAUUGGAAUCUGUUGCCAUUGUUGUGAGAGAUAACUUAGAUGACCCCCUGGAUGAUACUGCUACCGUGUUCCAGCAGCUGGAGCAGCUGUGCACAGUCAGCAGAUGUGAAUAUGAAAAGACGUGUACUCUUCUUGUGCAGCUGUUUGACCAAAAUGCGCAGAAUUAUCAAAAGCUCCUGCAUUCAGCUUCUGGGCUAGCUGUUGAUAUGGCAAUUCAAGAAGGACGUCUUGCAUGGCUGAUAUACUUAGUUGGCACAGUUGUAGGGGGAAGAUUAACAUAUACCAGUACAGAUGAGCACGAUGCUAUGGAUGGAGAAUUAUCCUGCCGCGUUUUUCAGCUUAUGUCUUUAAUGGAUACCAGAUUGCCUCGCCACGCCAAUGAAAAAAUUGAGCUUGCAAUUCUCUGGUUUUUGGAUCAGUUUCGUAAAACAUAUGUUGGUGAUCAGCUUCAAAGAACCUCAAAGGUUGUACGCCCGAAGAAUGAUGUUUCCAGAGUUCCAGAGAAGGCUUGGAAAAUAGUUAAGGUGUAUGCCCGUAUGUCAGAAGUCUUAGGAAUAACAGAUGACAACCAUGUUCUAGAAACAUUCAUGACAAAAAUUGUUACAAACCUUAAGUACUGGGGAAGAUGUGAGCCUGUAAUUUCAAGGACUCUUCAGUUCCUAAAUGACCUUUCAGUUGGCUAUAUCCUUUUAAAAAAACUUGUGAAAAUAGAUGCUGUGAAAUUCAUGCUAAAAAACCACACGAGUGAACACUUUCCAUUUCUUGGCAUUGGUGAUACUUACAGUCUCAGUGACUUCAGGUGCCGAACAACUUUCUACACAGCCCUCACUCGCCUUCUGAUGGUAGACCUAGGUGAAGAUGAGGAUGAAUUUGAGAAUUUUAUGCUGCCUCUCACGGUCACCUUUGAAACAGUUUUGCAAAUAUUUAACAACUUUAAACAAGAAGAAGUGAAGCGUAUGUUGAUCGGGCUGGCGAGAGAUCUUCGAGGGAUUGCCUUUGCACUGAACACAAAGACCAGCUACACCAUGCUGUUUGACUGGAUGUAUCCAGCCUAUCUUCCAGUUCUUCAGAGAGCUAUUGAGCGUUGGUAUGGAGAACCAGCAUGUACUACUCCUAUCUUAAAACUUUUAGCAGAACUGAUGCAAAACAGGUCUCAGCGUUUGAAUUUUGAUGUAUCCUCUCCUAAUGGAAUUCUUCUCUUCAGAGAAGCAAGCAAAAUGAUUUGCACUUAUGGAAAUCAGAUCCUGUCUCUUGGGAGUCUCUCAAAAGAUCAGAUUUAUCCAAUGAAACUCAAGGGCAUAUCCAUCUGCUAUUCAGCUCUCAAAUCUGCCUUAUGUGGAAAUUAUGUCAGCUUUGGCGUCUUCAAGUUGUACGGGGACAACCAUUUUGACAAUGUACUCCAGGCCUUCGUGAAAAUGCUGCUGUCAGUGUCCCACAGUGACUUGCUGCAAUAUCGGAAACUGAGCCAGUCCUAUUAUCCCCUCCUGGAAUGUCUCACCCAGGACCACAUGAGCUUCGUCACCAACUUGGAGCCCCCUGUGCUCCUGUAUGUUCUCACAUCUCUCUCAGAGGGACUCACCACUCUUGAUACAGUCAUCUCCUCCAGCUGCUGUACAAGUUUAGACUACAUGGUCACCUACCUCUUCAAGCACAUAGCAAAGGAGGGCAAGAAGCCGCUUCGCUGCAGAGAGUCUGUGCAGGCCGGCCAGAGGCUGCUACACUUUAUGCAGCAAAACCCAGAUGUGCUACAGCAGAUGAUGUCUGUCCUUAUGAAUACCAUUGUCUUUGAAGACUGUCGGAACCAGUGGUCAGUAUCUAGGCCUCUCCUAGGUCUCAUCUUGCUCAAUGAGAAGUAUUUCAGUGAACUGAGAGCAAGCCUGAUCAACAGCCAGCCUCUGCCCAAGCAGGAAGUCCUUGCCCAGUGUUUCAGGAACUUGAUGGAAGGAGUGGAACAGAACCUGUCUGUCAAGAACAGAGACAGGUUCACACAGAACCUCUCCGUCUUCAGAAGAGAUAUGGCAGAGGCGUUGCGUAGUGACGGCCACUCUGAGCUGUGCAGCCUGGACAUGAUGAGCUGACCCACCUCCCGAGCACGCACUGUGCAGCUUCUGUCAAGAGACUCGGAGUCCGCGUCUGCGAUGCUGGCACCCAGAGAAUGUGUUCUCAGAACAAGCAACAAAGCCCUACAUUUUUAUAAGUCUGACCUAAUUAUAGAAAUUCAUAAUAGUGCGCAUACAGUGUAAAUUCAGUAUGCAAAGCAGAACAUGUUUUUAGUCUGUCUGGGUUCCCACAAUGCUGAGAAGUCUAGAAACUAUAUUUAACCAAAGAAUAUAAUAAACAAGCCUAGCACCCAGUCUGGCUCUGAGAUCAAGGUUGUCGAUUUGAAGAUGCAGCCCACAGUGUGGGUCCUGGAUUGAGACAAUUGCCAUUUGAACCUGUUGAAUUGAUAGUUUUUACAUCUGGAAAACACUACAUUAGGGACUCUGGGCUGUGGGCAUUUAGAGAGAGCCUGGGUUUGCUAUAAAGCCUCCCCCAGGACUGCACAUCAGCCUCUCUGCCUCAGCAGCAUCUGAUAAAGUUGAGAGACAGUAACACAAUUAAAUGACUUACAAACAAUGUUUGCUUUCCACUGGCAUAAAUCUGAAGUGGUUCCAUCUAGAAGAAUUAAGCCGUGUGCUUGCUGCCUGCAGAAAGAUGUCUUUAGGGCUCUGGAGGCCUCAGGAAGAAGUUCUGGAUGCUCCAGGACCUGGUCCUUUUGGCCCCAUUUGAUCUGAAGAGGAGCUUAAGGUGGCAUGUAGUGUUUGAAGCAGCUCUGCCUUCAGUUCAGGUGCAGGCUGUCAGUUCCCAGAGGACAGAGUUACCUUCCAUCUUCUACACUUUUAACCACUGUUGGAUUGUGACUUCAUCCAAACACAGGAAAUGGAGGCCUUUUCAGUCUGUGACCCGCCAUAACUAAGCUAUUAAUUUGACAUUGCCACUGUCAAGCGGGCCUCCUAUCUUACUGCUCUGUCCUUGUGGUUCAGGCUUACAAUAAACACUGUGCCCAUUAUUUCUGAUAAGACAUGAAAGGUUGGCCUCACUGUUGCAGAGAAGAAAUCCACAGGCUCUUCUUGUAAUCUCGUUUCUCAGACAGUGUUUCUUCAAACCUUUCUUGAUAGUUGCGUUUGCAACAGGCUUGUCAUAUAAAAUUGAGUCACCUAAGUUUAUCUUAAAGUGUUUGUCUUCUGUGUGCAGAAGGGAGUCAGGGGACAUUAUGGUCUGGAUGAGACUGCUUGUGGUCUUUAAUGACAAAGAGCCUGAACCUUCUCCACCCCACUCUAUUAGGAAUGGAACUUCCUAGAGAAGACAAGUCCCAGACUUUGGAACAUCAGCUUUCAAAGGAGCUUGACAAGAAUUUCUCUUUGGUUUUUGUUUGGUUUUUAAUUUGUUUAGUUUUGGUUUUUUGAGACAGAGCCUCGCUAUGUAGCCCAGGCUAGCCUGGAACACACUGUGAUUCUCCUGCUGCAGCCUCUUCAGUAGAGGUUGACAAGUGUGGGCCACAAUGCCUGGCUUCUUGGGUUUGGGGUGUUUGGGGCUGGGUGGUUAUAACUGCACCUCAUUUCCACAAACACGCUGCUAACCCCGUCCGAGCAUUGUUUCUUUACAAAUGCCGAG